UGUGGAAAUAAAGCAGCUCUAAUGUUAUAUGUCACCUGCAAAUAACCCGGGCGUUCGAAAAAAGCAAACCACCACCACCAAAAUCCACACCAACACCAGGUCCUCUCCAUACACAAAAGUCCUUCAAAAUGAGCCCGGAAGCUCGGCUCCCGCAGCCCACCUUGUUCCUCACUGGCCUCAGCUUGCUCCUCUCGCUGGCUCCCACAGGAUUGGGCAUGGAGGUCAUGGCUCCCGCCACCAUCAAUGCCUUGAAUGGCUCCUCCGUGAAGCUCUCCUGCACCUUCAACUCCUGCUAUAAGGUGGAGAACAAGCAGUUCUCCCUCAACUGGACAUACCAGGAGUGCAGGAACUGCUCUGAGGAGCUGUUCCUGCAGUUCCGGACGAAGAUCAUGAACAAGCAGCUGGACCGCUUUGGGAACCGGGUGGAGUUCACUGGGAACCCCACCAAGUACGAUGUAUCCUUUACCCUCAAAAACGUGCAGCUGGAGGACGAGGGCACCUACAAUUGCUAUGUCCUGAACCCACCAGACCGGCACCGAGGCCAUGCCAGCAUCAGCCUGAAGGUGCUCACCAAAGAGCCCCCGAAGCACGACUCGACAGUGGCUGUCAUCGUGGGUGCCUCUGUAGGUGGCUUCUUGGCCGUGGUGAUCCUGGUGCUGAUGGUGGUGAAAUGCGUGCGCCGGAAAAAGCAGCAGAGGCUGAACACAGAUGACCAGAAGACGGAGGAGGAAGGGAAGACAGACGGUGAAGGCAACCCGGAUGAGGGCACCAAGUAAUGCCUCCCUGCCCACCCCUCCCUCUUCGCCCCUGUACAGUGUGACUCCCCUGAUGUGCUUCCCAGAGCAAGGAUUUCUGUCUCCCCAGAGCAUCCCUCCUUCCAUCUAAAUACCCAACCCAGCCUGGAGCAGGGCACAGAGAGAAGAAGGUCCCUGGAGC